UCGCCGGCGGCCAUGGGGGAGGCCGAGGUGGGCGGCACGGGUGCCCCGGGCGACAAGGGUCCAGGGGAGGCAGCCCCGAGCCCGGCAGAGGAGACGGUGGUGUGGAGCCCCGAGGUGGAGGUGUGCCUCUUCCACGCCAUGCUGGGCCACAAGCCCGUGGGAGUGAACAGACACUUCCACAUGAUUUGUAUCCGGGACAAGUUCAGCCAGAACAUUGGGCGCCAGGUCCCCUCCAAGGUCAUCUGGGACCACCUGAGCACCAUGUAUGACAUGCAGGCACUGCAUGAAUCUGAGAUUCUUCCAUUCCCGAAUCCAGAGAGGAACUUUGUCCUUCCAGAGGAGAUCAUUCAGGAGGUCCGAGAAGGAAAAGUGGUCAUUGAAGAGGAGAUGAAGGAGGAGAUGAAGGAGGACGUAGAUCCCCACAGUGGGGCUGAUGAUGUUUUUUCGUCUUCAGGGAGCUUGGGAAAAUCAAUAGAAAAAUCCAACAAAGACAAAGAGAAGAACUCCUCAGACUUGGGGUGCAAAGAAGGGGCAGACAAGAGGAAACGCAGCCGGGUCACCGACAAGGUUUUGACUGCCAAUAGCAACCCCUCCAGCCCCAGUGCUGCCAAGCGGCGCAGAACAUAGAUGCCACCUCAGCCCCAGGUGGUUACAGAGACAUUCCAGCGCUACAAGCUCCUGCUGCCUGCCCUCAGGCCACCAGAUGAAUGUGGCCAUCCACCAGGGAUGCUUGUGUGGGCUUCUUUCAUGUCAUCAGACCAUCAGAACCCCAGUGGCCCCAAAAGACCAUGGUCAUCCCUGCUUGGUGAGACCCCUGAGCCUGCCUCCUGUGUUCUCCUGGUCAGCUCCACUUGUGCUCACUGUGUGAAGGGGAAAGGAGGUGUGGGGCCAGAGGACCCACAAUCAGCAAGCAAUAAAGCACUGUCCACACUGCUCUUGGAAGGAGCCACUUGUCUUCCCUGGACACCGGCUCUUUGCCAUCUGCUUGUCCUGUAAGGCUCCUGUCUGCACUGACAUCGGGAGAAGGUGGCUUUGGAGGUCCCACAGCACGUCAGCAUGCUUGGAAGGCCUCCCGCCACUUGGGAAGCGUAACUGGAUACUUCACCUCACUCGUACUGUAACAAUGUACAGAAUUUGUUUGGUAUUUCACUAUUUAAUUUCUAAGAAACUAUUUUACUAGUGUUUUGUAAGAGAAAAAAAUACUGCAAAGUUAAA